CCGCCGGUCUCACAGGUCCUGGAGCACCCACUGAAACCCAACAGCUCAGAUGUAAGUGCAGCUGGUCAGAAGCCAGAAGCGAGCCGCUGGGGACAGCGCCCCCCAUGUCACGGGUGAUGCCCGGCUCCCUGCUGGCAGGAGGCCACACUGGCCCCUUGGCACCCUGCACAGAGCCCAGAACAACCCUGCACACAGCACCCAACCUGCCAGCCCCGUGUCCUUACUACACCACAGGAGGUUGGGGGGCCCAGGCACUGAUGGCCCCCACACCCAGCAAGGGUCCCCCAAGCCCAGUCCCGCAGGCCCCACAGCUGCACACCAAGGCCUCGGGGGCCCCGCAGGACCUGGACUCCUACAUUGACUUCUCCCUGGAGACCCUCAACCAGAUGAUUCUGGAACUGGACCCUACUUUCCAGCUGCUUCCUCCGGGGAACAGGGACUCCCCGGCAGGGGUUGCCCCAAGCCAGGACUCCAGGAGCAAGAAGCAGGAGCCGGAAGCCAUAGACAUCAAGUAUAUCGAAGUGACGUCUUCCAGACCGAGGUGCCGAGAGGGUGUCCCACGCUGCUCCAGCCCAUCUGUCACCCCACCCUUUGGCUCCCCACGCAGGGGCGGCCUCCUCUUCUGCAGGGAUGUCCCCCGGGAGACACGCAGCAGUUCUGAGAGCCUCAUCUUCUCCGGCAGCCAGGGGAGGGGUUCCUCACCCAGCAUCGCCAUCCCCUGUGCAGGGGUCAGAGCCUCGGGCCCACAGGGCUUUGGCUCCCCACUGCCUGCCACGCCGGGCCUGGAGAAGGGGCCGAGGGCCCUCACCCCCCAGCGGGGCAGCAGGGUCUCUGUGCUGUCAGGCAGCCCGGCUUCCGAUGUCAGCUACAUGUUUGGAAGCGGCCAGUCUCUCCUCCACUCCAGCAGCUCCAGCCACCAGCUGUCAUCACGGUCCUCCGAAAGCCCCGCCAGCUCUUCCUCCAGCCUCCACAGCCUUGGGCCCGUGUCCCCGUGCACGAGACCUGGUGAUGUCCAGGGCCCCAGCUACCCUGCCCCAAGUGUGGUGCAGCCCAGCAUGGCCCACUCCCCUCUGCUGGCCAUGGAGCAUGCCAGCAGUUGUCCCCCAUCCAUCGCCAACUCCAUGGUGGACAUCCCCAUCGUGCUGAUCAAUGGCUGCCCCGAAUCUCAGUCUCCCCCACCCCAGCAGACACCAGGACACCAGGCUGGAGCAGCUUCUCCCAGGCACCCCUGCCUGACCACCAAAAACCGCAGCCAGACCCUGCCGGACACCAUCCCAGGCGUGGCCCCAGAAGGUCCUAGCAGGGACACACAACCCACCAUGAAGUUUGUGAUGGAUACAUCGAAAUACUGGUUUAAGCCGAGCAUCACUCGAGAGCAAGCAAUCGAGCUGCUGAGGAAGGAGGAGCCGGGGGCCUUUGUCAUCAGGGACAGUUCCUCCUACCGAGGCUCCUUCGGCCUGGCCCUGAAGGUCCAGGAAGCCCCUGCAUCCGCCCAGCACCGAUCAGGCGAGGACAGCAGUGACCUCAUACGCCACUUCCUUAUCGAGUCUUCUGCCAAAGGGGUGCACCUCAAAGGAGCAGAUGAGGAGCCCUACUUUGGAAGCCUCUCUGCUUUCGUGUGUCAGCACUCCGUCAUGGCCCUGGCACUGCCCUGCGCCCUCACCAUCCCGCAGCGAGAGCUGGGAGCAGCAGACGGGACCACAGAGCUCCCCACAGACAGCCCAGGCUGCCUGAAGAAAUCUGCAGGCUGCCGCACCCUGUACCUGAGCUCCGUGAGCGUGGAGACCCUGAGCGGGGCUCUGGCUGUGCAGAAGGCCCUCUCGGCCACCUUGGAGCAGGACGUCCUCCCCACACCCACUGUGGUCCACUUCGGAGUCACCGAGCAGGGCAUCACGCUGACCGAUGUCCAGAGGAAGGUCUUCUUCCGGCGCCACUACCCACUCAGCACCCUGCGUUUCUGCGGCCCAGAUCCGGAGCAGCGGAAGUGGCAGAAAUACUGUAAGCCUUCCCGGAUCUUUGGUUUUGUUGCCAAGAACCAGACAGAGCCGCCAGAGAAUGUGUGUCACCUCUUCGCGGAGUAUGAUGCGGUGCAGCCGGCCUCGCAGGUCAUAGGCCUGGUGACCGCACUGCUGCGGGAGGCCGAGCGGAUGUAGAUGUGUUGGGCAGGCCGGGCUGUGCCCUGCCCUGUCCCAGGUGCCUGGACCCCAGCAGGCCGAAGCCUCGAAGCUCCUGCGGGCGGCAGCACCCAGCACCUGUGCCACAGUCGGGCAGGGGCAGUAGUGUGCGGCCUGGGCUCCCGCCCUGAGGCUGGUGAGGCGUGAGCGAGGCCCGGGUGCAGACUGCGUUUGCCUCUGUGUCUGUCCCCAUCCUGCCUUCCUGAUGUGAACAGUGGCCUUCUGGAUCCACCUAUGCAGCUGUUGUCACUGUCCCCAAGGAGGAGGGGCGGCGGAGACCCUGGGGAUCUAGGACAGCUCUGAGGGGUCUGGCUACAGUUGAAAUGCAAUUUGGCCCGGCUGUGUCCCCUCCCCAACACCCACACACCCAGGGGUGGACUCUUCCCACCACCCCCUCUAGCCCGGCGGCCCGCGCCGGCCUCACAGCCACCAGGAGGCAGCAGAGAGUCAAGAAUGCAAAGAGGCCGCUUGCCUGGGACUUGGAAGAGGUUCGGUUUUUCUGCCCCUUCCCGGCGGGAGAAGGAAGCCUGAGAGGCCGCAGACGUGGGCUCCUGAGAAAGCGGCACAGGGGUCGGCGGGGAGGUGUGCGCCUGUGAGCCUCUUUGGCCGCCGUCGGGCCUGGUAGCUGUGAUUUCAGCCCACACGUGAGACGAGAAUGCGGGGCUGGAGUCUGCAGAACAGUUCGAGCCCGGGCUAUCGGGGCCUCCCGGCACUGGCCCAGAGGUGGGGCUGGCACCAUCUGCUGUCCCGUAUGUGCCUGUCACUCCCUUCACCAGAAUAAAGUGUCUGUCAUGGCACAGUGGCUCACCCCAAGGCCCACAGGACUAUGUCCCCAGACCCAAGAGAGGACCUACUUUAGGGGUGACCUGUCUCCAAGAAGGCAGUACCUGGAUCCUGUGUCAAGCCACUUAUACUAUGCCGUCCCCAAGCCCUGCCUCUGCCAAGGAAAGGGCUGAGCUUCCAGCCCA